AUGUCCCCUUUUAAAAUAUCUGGAAAUAGAAAAAAUAAAUUUAAUGCUGCAAAGAAGAAUAAGAUACUUAAACCAGGAAAAAAAUCGAAAAAAAUAAGAGACUCUUCAAGUUCAAGACCCAAAUCAAAAUCAAAAGCCAAAGCUAAGGAAUCCAAAAUUAUUUCAGCUGACAAUUUAAAUUGGAAAACAGUUGAUAUUUCAGGUGGUGUUGAUUUUGUUGAUGGAUGUUACGGUUUAGAAGAAAUUGAUGGUGUUGAUGUGAAAUUUGUGAAUGGGAAAGUUCAGUUUAUUGUAAAAGAUGAUUCGAAGAUAAAAAAUGAAGACGAAGAUGAAAAUGAAGAUGAAAAUGAGAAUGAAGAAGUAGAAAAAGACGGUAAUGCUCAAACUGAUGGAGAUCAAGAUCAUGAUGAAAAUAUGGAAACAAAAGACCAAAUUGAAUCCGAAAAAGUACAGAAGAUAGAUGGCCAUGAAAAUAAGAACAAUAAAAAACAAAACAAUAAAGCCAAGAACUCAAAGAAUAUUAUUGAUAAUGAAGAUUCUAUUCUUGAAGAGAAUGAAUUGGAAAUUCAAUUGCCUAAAUGGAAAUCAUUGAAUUUAUCUCCAUACAUAUUAAAUGGUUUAUACAACUUAAAAUUUUUUGACCCAACACCAAUUCAAAAAAAUUGUGUUCCAAUAAUAUUGCAAAGAAGAGAUAUCAUCGGGAAAGCAAUGACAGGUUCUGGUAAAACAUUGGCAUAUGGGAUACCGAUUUUGCAAAAUUAUCUUAAUAUUUUAAAAUUUUUAAAUGAACCAUUGAAAUCUAGCAAAAAAAUUGAUAUUGAUCACCCCGUUUCGAUAAUUUUUACACCGACAAGAGAAUUAGCUCAUCAAAUUGUCAAUCACUUGAAUUCAAUUUCUAAGUAUUGUCCAUUACCAAAUUCAAAUUCAAUUAUAAAUAUCACAGGUGGAUUAUCGAUUCAAAAACAAGAGAGAUUAUUGAAAACAUAUAAUCCUGGAAUAAUUGUGGCAACGCCUGGUAGAAUACUUGAGAUAUUAAAUAAAGACAUUUCGAUUGCUAAAAAGCUUGCAAAAGUUGACAUGAUAGUUUUAGACGAAGCUGACAGGCUAUUAUUAGAUGGUCAUUUUCAAGAAUUAUUACAAGUUUUGGAUUUAUUUAAAAGAGAAAGACCUAAAAGUAAUGGAAAAACCAAAUAUGGAUCAUUAUGGCAAACAUUAAUUUUCUCAGCGACUUUUACAAAAAAUUUGUUCUCAAAAUUAAAUAAAAAUAUUAAAUCAAAUGAUCAGAAAACAUUGACUAAUAACCAAGAAAUAGUUGAUAUGUUGAGAAAAAAUUUGAAUCUUAGAGAUAAAUCUCCGAUUUUUGUGGACGUAAAUCCAAAGGAGAUGUUGGCAAGUCAAAUUAAUGAAUAUCUAAUUGAAUGUGGAGCACUAGAAAGAGAUUUGUACUUAUUUUACUUUUUGAGAAAUUAUUUUGGAUCAAUUUUAAUUUUCACAAAUUCGAUCGAGAGUGUUAAGAGAAUCACAUUAUUGAUGAAAAACCUAAAGAUUCCAAAUGUUUUUUCAAUUCAUUCAUCAAUGAUUCAAAAACAAAGAUUAAGGAAUUUAGAAAAUUUUACCAAACAAUGUGAAACUAUAACUAAUAAUAACAGUGACAACAACAAUAGUAAUCGAAAAUCUUGUAUUUUGAUUGCAACAGAUGUCGCAGCCAGAGGAUUAGAUAUUCCAAAUAUCUCUUACGUUGUUCACUACCACAUCCCUAGAAGUGCUGAUGUUUAUAUUCACAGAUCUGGAAGAACUGGAAGAGCAGGAAAAGAAGGAAAUUCGAUAAUUAUUUCCUCACCCACUGAGGUUUCAGGUGCAUUAAAGAGAUUAAGAAAAUUGUUGAUAAAUAGCAAGCUGAAUUACAAAAGCUUUGGUUUUAAAAAUGAUUUGAAGUUUUUGGACGUCAACAUGGGCCAAAUAGUUAAACUCAAGAACAUAGUGUCAAUUGCCAAUCAAAUCAGCGAAUCCGAGAUAUCCAACAGCUCUCUUCAGAAGGAGGACACAUGGAUCAAAAAAUUGGCAGAAGAUUUGGAUGUCGAAACAGAAGACCUAGAGGACUUUGCUCAGGACGACAUACUCACGAAAAACAGGAACAAGAAGGAGAACAAGCAACUCAGCAAGAACCAGCACAGGACGUUGAAGGGCGAGUUAAAUUUUUUGCUUCUGAAGUUGAAAUAG